CUUGACUGGGGGUGGGGUGGGUAUGGGCUGCUCUUGGAUUUUAUAAUUUAUUGAAAACUCUUUCAUAGUGCUAGCUAGACCUGUCUCAACUGGGGUCAGUGAAGUGAACCAUUAUUUAAACAAAGACCCAGCAGAUCCAAAGCUUCUAUCCUGUUCCCUAAGGAGAUCUACUUUACAAUAUAAUUGAUACCUGCUUUGUGGUUGUUGUUUUUUAAAUCCAGAUUGACAGAAAACUCCCUCCCAACUAAGCAGUACUGCCUCUGACCCACUCAGGCCUGCUGGCAACCUAUCAAUGCAACCACUGUGGAACAUGAAAACCAAUAUUUGGGCUGAGGUGAUAUAGACAGGCUUCUAAAAAUAAUUUGCUGGGUGAUAUGAAAUCAAAUUUGUGUCCUCUCAGGGUUGGUCUCAGGUAGAAAUCAGGAGUCUUUACCCUCAUAUGCCAGAACCAAGGCAUUAGAGCCACCUUUUUAAGGAUCCAUGCCACUGAGUGUGAGUGUCUUUCUCAAGUCGAAGGAUGCAGGAACUUGACCUAUGUGGUUGCAUUCUGUCCACCUGCUGAACUGUGACCGUGUGGGAUUGAGUGUGAUAUGUUGUGGGAGGGGCAGGCUGAGAUGAAGAGGUUGAUCAGGCUUCAUGUUCCAAAAAGAAUGUCUUUGGUAUCCAACAAGCAGAAGCUUUGUUCAUGCCCCCCUCCUUUUUUUGCAUUUUAAAAAUUGUGGUGAAAAAAAUACAUAGCAUAAAGCAUAAGCCUCUGAAAAGAAUAGAGUAUGGCAGCUGAAAGCUGGGGAAGCAAAGCCAAGAUGUUCCUGAUUGAGGGGCUUGUGCCAAAGCUGGACUCUGAGGAGGUGAAAGGGAAGAUGCUCGAGGAUGUGAUCUCCUCCAUAUGGAACUUCCUCAGCUAUGUGGCUCUGCUGCAAGUCACAUCUUUUAGCCUAAAGAAAUUGGAAAGCAUAUGAAGAUGGGCGUCACAUGUGAAUGCAUGAUAUGAGGAGCCCAGUUACAAUUUCUACUCCUAUCUGCAAAUGAAUAGGCCCAGAAAGAUGUGAGGGACUCUUUGAUUGAAUGGAUAUAAAAAUUCUACUUGUUAAGAACAAGAACAAGUUUGGCUCUGGUAACUGACCUUCAUAGCUAUAAUUUAAAACUACUUGAGAAGUAAAGACAUUUUGUAGUGAUAGUACACCCAUAUGCCUGUGACAUUCAGCCUGUGUGAAUGUUGAAAUAAUAGUAAGUAAUGUCAAACUCCAUUUUCUAGCAAGUAUUAAUUAUAAGGGAAUUAUGUCUCCAAAAAAAGUGUGUGUGUGUGUGUGUGUGUGUGUGUGUGUAUACACAUACCUGUUUUGAUAGUUAAGUAACAUUACUUUGGGAUGAAUUUAUGAUUUUCUUCAUAAGUUUUUUCUUAUAGAAGUAACACAGAUAGCUUAGAGAUUGAAACACAAAACAACCCACAACAACCUAAACACAUCAAUAGCCAUUCUUAGUUUCCUAAUCCAUCUGCUUCAUCAGAUAUUUCUUUCGUACUUUCUCUGAGCAGAUGCUGAAGUUAUGAUGUUGAGUAUUUGAGAUGCCAUCCCUGCUGCUCUCUAAAAAUUUCUCUGAAGGAUGGGUAAGGAAGCAAAAGGAUGAGUAAGGAAAAUGAGGUGGAAAAGUGUACUAAGCCAAGGGAAUACCUCCUGCAAAGCUCUGGGUGUGAGACAGCCUUUUGAGGAAAUCCACCUAUGACGUCACUGUUCAGGGUGGGGUAGAGAAAAUAGAUGUGAGUCGAGGCAGGUGGGAGGAGACCAGAUAAUGCAGUGUAUUCUUUAAGACACGUGCAUAUUUUCUACACAGUUUUAAAGAUAUUUUAUAUCCUACCCACCCUGUGCCCCAACUUAAGAUAUCUCAGAUUCUUGGAAUUGGUUGAUAGAAGACCUUGAAAGUCUGCAGAGUAUUGAAUUCUUCAGGAUUCAGUAGAAUAGAGGGGAGAUGAGAAAGGAUAGAGGAGUUGAUUCCUUUCAUGACCAGAUCGCAUCCUUAAGAAUAGAGGAAGUGAAGACAGAGGAAACACACAAAGAGGAGGAGGGAUCCAGUGACAACAUCCCCAGCAUAGGUCUUCCUCUGUUUAGUCUUCUGUAUUGAGGCCUUCCUCAAGAUGUAGAACUACAAAGUCUUGUUUUCUUAAACAUUGAAGCAAGUGAGUCCUAAAGGGUGGAAGAAUGGUAGGACCCCUUCUAUCUUGGACUACAAGUGUCCAACAGUGUUCUCCAUAAAGAAUAUUAA